AUGGGUGUCCCCGUGGACCCACUCACACGGGUGCCCGCUCUGUGCCGCCCCUCCCCGCCUAAAGCAGGUCUGCGGUGGCUAAGCUCCCGGGCCAGUCAGGGCUUCGGGAGGUCGGUGCUGCCGUCCGCAGCGUUUCACGGGGCACCUCAGGCGCUUUGGGGACAAAACGCUGCCUUCGCUCCCGUCCCAGGUGAAUGCAGACGCUUCCAGGAGAAGUUCAUGAAGUGCCUCCGCGAUAACAAGUUUGAGAACGCGUUGUGCAGACACGAAUCCAAAGAAUAUUUAGAGUGCAGGAUGGAGAGGCAACUGAUGGCACAGGAACCACUGGAAAAACUGGGGUUUGGAGAUUUGAUGGAUGGAAAGGCAGACAGACACUAAUUCUCACAGGAUCACGGGGGGGGGUGUGGCUGAGAAAGGGGCGUCGAGUGCCCGCGGGCACCUCGGUGGGCUCACAGCCAGAAGGCUCAUCCUCCGUCUCCUGGAUCACUUUGAGAGAUGAUCUUCCCCUGGUGCGAGUUCUGUCUAAAAUGCACGUGGGACGCUUCCUGUCACCUGGGAGCCCGUGAUGGUGACAGACUGAGAGUCUUGUCUGUGAGUGGACACUCGAGCCGCAUCUUGUAACACUGGACGUUUGUGAAUUUUAGAAAACUUCCCUGGAAAAAUGGUUUUCUUUCCCUUUUUUAUAAAACAGAACAAUGAAAAAGCAGAAUCCAAGAGUGUCUGUGAUAUGUGAGAAAGAUGUUAGAAACUGCAGAAGUGGCCCUGGCUGGGCCCUCAGGUGGUUAGCGCAUCCCGAUGUGCCAGGGCUGUGGGCUCAGUGCCCAGUCGGCACAUACGAGAACCAACCAGUGAGUAAGGGGAACAGCAAGUCGAUGUCUCUCUCAAUAAAUUAAAAAACGAAAUUAAAA